UUACAAAGUCCGCAUGUCAUAUUCUGUCGUGUUAAAUAAAAUGAAUCAUUUCGUGAUUGUGAAAUCAAACAAAUUUGUUUAAGCUGUAGAUGAAGGAUCUAUUGGAUCGUAUCGAAGAAACUUGGAAAAUGAUACCAACAGGUCCAGAGAACGAAAUAUUGCAGAAGUACGCGGAGGAAAGCAGAAGCUAUACUGUACAUUAUGCAUUGGCAAUGUAUGCCGUAUGGAUUUGUUACUCUAUGAUGCCAUACGUUAUGAGCGGAUUAUACAUGUUUGUGCCGACGAACGAAACGUACGAAACCCAAUAUCCGUUUCGCGUGGAACACGUGAUUGAUAUGGAAAAGUAUUUUAAUCUGUUGAUGCUAUUCGGGAUCAUUAGCGUGUUCUACAUAGUAUCGAUAGUGGUAGCAGUUGACUGUAUAUUUGUACUUUGCAUACAGCAUACUUGCACAUUGUUUGAGGGUAUACGAUUUAACAUGGAGCGCAUAAGAUCUUUGGAUUGUGUUCAAGCUGAAGCUCAAUGGAUGCUGAAGCCAAACGUGGCAGACGAUGAAGCAUAUCAUAUCAUAAUUGGCUGCAUCAAAUCGUAUAAGAAUGCUUUAAACUUUUCCGAGGUGCUCGCUUCUGUUUACUCAACAUUUUUUCUGUUUAUGUUAGGAAUUGUUAUAUUGUGCUUAAGUUUCAGUGCGGCGGAGUUAAUGCUAUUAGACAAUCAAGUGGAUGCGUUUAUUAGAAUCAGUUCUCUAAAUAUGGGGCAAUCCUUACAUAUAUAUUACCUGAGUUUCAUGUCGCAACAAAUGAUCGACUACAGCAGUGGAAUGCAAGAAGUAAUUUACAGCUGUGACUGGUACGCGAUUUCGCUGAGAGCCAGACAAUUGUUACAUUUCACUUUAUUGCGCUCUAGUAAACCGUGCCAAAUAACGGCUGGAAAUAUGUAUGUAAUGUCGAUGGAGAACUUUGGUUCAAUUAUAAAAGCCUACGUAUCUUAUUUCACGAUGCUUCUAUCAUUGCGAUAACUUUCGUACAGAACGUUGAAAAGGAACUUAUAGUGAGGUGAUAAUAAAAACUUCAUAAUAUAGUAAUAGUAUAGUAAUAUGUUAAUAGUAAUGGUUAGUUUAUGUAUUCUAAUGGAACGAAUAUAUUGUAAUUUCGGCAUUUUUGUAAUUAUUAAAUAUUGUUAUAUAAUAAUAAUGAAAACAAUGACAAUAUUUUGUCAUAUUAGUUCUAUUAUAAAAAAUAGAAUAUGUAAAUG